UCCAGGCUGGCGGGAAGAGAGGGAGACGCAUGGCCCCGGGGAGGGUGGGGGGAGAAAAGGGUGGAAGGCGGGAGGACUCUUCUGAUGCCGAAGCCCCCCCCCUCCCGGAAGGCGGGAGAAGCCUCUCUUCUCCCGGGAAGGGGCCGAGGAGGAAAGACUGGGGUCUGCAUCCCCCCACCGCCCCAGCCAAGGCGCGUCUCCUUCGCGUUAGUUACUGGGUGUGUCGGGGCUGACUUGUCUGUUCCAGCCGCUGCCCCGUCCCUCCUGCGGCGCCUCGCUUAAUGCCGGGGCGUUUGGGACCCCUGCGGUCAUUUUAGAAGACGGGUUGUUGGAGGAGGGAUGGCUGAUUAUACAAAUGCACAACAGCCUGAAGAAUUAUUACCAUGUCGGAUUUGUGGAAGGACUUUUUUUCCACCUGCAUUAAAAAAGCAUACUCCCAUUUGCCAAAAAACUGCUGCUAAAAAAAGGAAAACAUUUGACUCUAGCAGACAGAGAGCGGAGGGAACUGAUAUUUCCACAGUAAAGCCUAUAAAACCACGGCCAGAACCUCCAAAGAAACCAUCAAGCUGGAGACGAAAGCAUGAGGAGCUUAUAGCAGCUAUAAGAGCAGCCAAAGGAGUAGAUCAGGUUCUUAAAGAAGGUGGAAAAUUGCCACCACCACCACCUCCUUCUUAUGAUCCUGAUUAUAUUCAGUGCCCAUACUGCCAGAGGCGAUUUAAUGAAAGUGCAGCUGAUCGACAUAUCAAUUUCUGCAAAGAACAGGCAGCACGUAUUUCUAAUAAAGGGAAAGUGGUUAGUGAAGUUAAAGGGAAGCUUCCUGCUCGAACACAGUACAAGACACCAACAGUAAAGAAGAUACCUUCUUCAGGGCUAACACCACCAGCCUUAUCACGUUUACCACAACCAAGUUCCUCUGCAAAUAAAACACUGUCUCCAGGUGGACAAUUGGGAAACAAAAUCCAGAGUUCUCCAGUUCAUAAAAACGUAAUGAAAGCAAGUCCACAAAUAGGGGGGCCCACAAAACCACGGACGGGAGCAUCUACUAAUAUGACACGAAGCACCGGUCCGAGUAUGAUGGCAAACAAAAGAAAAGCAUUUGGUACUGAAACUUAUUCAGCCAGAGCUGGAUUCGACAGUGGAGACUGUUCAUCUAUCAAUGGAGGAAGUUCAAAAAGCAGUGAAGGAAAUUCUCUUGCACAGUUACCAAAAUUCUGUUAUGAAUGUGGUACCAAAUAUCCAAUCGAAUCUGCAAAAUACUGUUGUGAAUGUGGUGUUCGAAGAAUGAUUUUGUGAAUACACCUGUAAUGUAAAAUGAGAGGUAGAUUUCUUGCUAAGGCUGUAUAAAAAUCUCUGCUACAUUUUUCCACCGGGAUUUGUGCCAACGCACCAUACUAAUGUUCUGGGCAAUUAUUAUUUUUUGUGAAAUAAUAUAUAUAGAUAUAUAAAUACAAUGUAUAUAAAUGGUUAGAUACCUAAAACUGUGCCAUUCAAGAUGGUAUACUUGAGAUGUUGUUGGAGAAUAUUUAAUGGAGCAAAACUUUAAAUCAACCGCUAAGGUUUUUUGUAAUAUACUAUAUACUAUAUUAAUGUUCUUACUCAUUUGUAGUUUUUGCCCUGAAUCAUUUGGUCUAAAGAAUGUGUUCCAAUAGAAAAUAUGUUAUACAUGGAAAUAUUGAUUGAUAUUUGGUUGAUAACGUAGACAAUAGCUUGUUGGUUGACAGUCAUACAUUUUAUUAUUUGUCUAUGUUUAAUGUAAAUUAAAAUUACUAGUUUCACGUGUACUAUUAUAGUUAACUAGUUGGCAUUUUACCCCCUUUCUUGUUCCAAAAAGCUAUAACAAGUUUUUGUUCACAGAUAUUUUUUUAUGUGGAAAACUUCCCAUAUGUUUCAUAGAGAAAGAUUGAGAUGCUAAUAAAUUAAUUAAAUUAUGAAAUAUAAUUUAAUCAUGUUCUUAGGAUCAACUUCUUUUCCUUAAAAACAGGGCUGUGAUCAGUUUUAAAAGCUUAGCCAAUGUGGCCUAAGUUAAUUUCCCUCUUGAUUUACUAACAAAAAAAUCAUUGAAUAUUUUAUAAUAAUUAUGGCACGCUAGUUUCAGGAAAAUUAUGUCGUAAUCAUGAUUUUUCUUCUUCCUAUUACUUUGACUUGGGGGUGUCUUUACCAUUAUCAUUUCUUACAGUCCUCUAAAAUUAAAACAAAAAGAAUUAUAUUAAACUCAAACUACAUUAGUAUUAAGUUACAUUUUCUUUAGUAAGCCUCCUUUUCUACAGCAAUUUUUUAAGCACAAAAAACAUUUACUUAUGCCUUUUCCAAAAUUAAUUUUGUUUUUUUAAUUUAAUAUCUCAAUUUCUAAGUCUUUACUUUUCUAAGUUUAGUAAUAGUUUAAGUGAAACAAGUCAAUUUGCAAUUUUUGACCUGAAUGAUGUAGGAUUUAUUUUUAAUGCUAUCUUCAUUUUAGUCAAAACCUGCUUGCUACGGCAGAUGAUAAUUAAUGCAUUUGAACAAGAUUUGUCCCCAUUUUUCAGUAUAUUGGCCAAUGGCAAACUAAUUUUUAACUAAUUGGUAUAGAAUUGUAUUUGUGUGUUAGAAUUCUCUUUAAAAAGCAUUCAUAAAUGUAGUAUUCCAGUUUUGUAUCGUUACCUAAUUUUAUGUGCAUUAGUGAGAAUCAAUCUUUAAUACAGUAUCUUAAUGUAGAUUAGCAUUUUUUUUAAUUUAAAAUACACUGGUAUGGGGGAAC